AUGAAUGAAAUAGUUGAAGAAAAGAUUCCUAGUAAAGUUGAUUUUGAUAAGUUACUCUUUUCAAGAAGACAUAAUCUACUUGAAGCUGUAGUCAGAACUCUUGUUACACAACAACGACAAAAUAGAAGUGCUGAAUAUGCUCGAAUUAUUUCUGACUAUUUUAAAGCACAUGGAAGAUUUAUGGAGUUAAUUACUUGGGCAAUUGAUAUUGAUUUUCUUAGUACUGACACAUUAAUGAUUGAUUCGAGUUCAUUCCAAUAUUCUACAUUUUUCAUUCCAUUUUAUAAUCAAUUUGUACGUUAUUAUUUUAAAAAUUAUUUACUUGAUACCUUUGAACCAAUUAUUGAUGGUCUUAUUUUAGGAGGUGAUUAUAGUGAAGAGUUUAAAAUCGCUAUGAAUUUUCAAUCUAAAGAAAUUACUACCUCAGAAGAUAUUGCUGCUUAUCAACAAUCUCUUGACACAAUCUCUAAGAUUUUCUGCAAACUUUAA